CAGUCGAGAGAGGUCAUGGAGAAUUCAAGGAAAAUCAAGAAGGAAUUUCCACAAAGUCUUUGUGGUUUGUUCAAGUCUCUUGCGAAUGAUCAGUUGUCCUUAGGUCUUGGUGGCGUGAAGUAUUUUUACAAAAUGUGGCUUAAAUUUAUAUGGUCAUUGGCCCUGCUGCAGUUGAUCAAUGCCAGAGUGGCACCAAUACCCAAAUUCUAUGGCCAGGAUAGUGCAAUUAUAGUAGAUACGGAUAGAAAGUUGCCAAUGCGUAUGGAUACAAAGCUACAGAAUGCUCUAUACUAUAAUAUUCCAGUCUACAAAUUGAUCAAGCCAGUGAUUGGACCAACGACCACGACGACAACGACAACCACGAAGGCUCCAGUGGUCUCUGUUUUGGAGUAUCCCAGUGAUUUGCUUUAUAUUGCCCGCCAUAAGUUGGGCAUGAAGGAAUUGCCCAGUCUCAGUGAUUUGGGUGAAAUGCUGGGAACUUCUAGUGCCCAAGAAACUAUUGAUUAUAUACGUUCGCUGACUUCCAAUGAGCAGGGCAUUGCCCUGAUGAAGCAGUAUUUGGAAUCGUUGGAUUAUAGCGAGGCAGAGGAAGCAAGAAAUGAUACAAAUGAUGACGGGGAUGAUGAUGAUGAUGCAGCAGAUGAUGAUGGCAAUAACAUGGACAAUGCUGAUAUAGAAGCUGAUUAUGAUGAGGAUCAACCCAAAAUGGAGAUUAAGAGCAGCAGCAGCAGUAGCACCACUACCACAACGACUACUACGACAACAACAGCUGCUCCAUCAGUUAGCCAUGUGGAAGGCAGUCUAAUGCAACGUUUUGGUGACUUUAUGAAGCAUUAUAAUCUCUGGUCAGAGACUACCACACCUGCUCCUACCACACAGAAGCCCUCGCCGCCGCCCGCUGUGGCAUUUAAGCCAGUGUUUUUGGCUCCUCAUCCUCGCAUGCGUCCUAUGCUGGUGCGACAGCCUCUACCCUAUCAUUAUCCCAUACCACUGCGUCCGGCAAAGAUACCCACUACGACAUCCACCAUCCCAACAACAACUACAUCGACCACAACUCCCAGACCCAGCGCAUCACCUCAUUUAAACACACCCAAGCAUGUGGAGCGUGAGAUUUCCGAGAUUCCUGCAAUGCAGUUUCCCCCACAUGUACGCCAGUUGGCACAAUUGGCCAAUAUCUCGCCUCUGGUGCUAGAUCGCUUCCUGCAGCAGCAACCCAAGCUGGCGGAAUUGGCAAAACGUGUCAGCAAUCUGCCCUUCAGUGAGGAGCAUAGUCGUACCAUUGAUUCCCAAGUUUUUGUGGCCGUCAAAAGAGCCCUGGCCCAGAACGAUGAUCUAAAGCGUUUGCUUAGUGCCGCUCAGACUUUAAAUUAGUUUUAAUUUAGCAAUAAAUGAAAUUUUCUU